GAUGCGCCAGCAAGCUCCAGUCCGCACGAAGCUCGGACAGAAAAUUAUAUGGAAGUGGAAGCUAACGCCGCUAAUCGAUAAGUAGCGCGUCGGACACCCGGGAAACGUGGAGAAGAUGCAAUUGGCGAUGGUGGAGGUACGGACGAGCGGCGGCGCCCUGAUCAGCUCAACGGCGGAGACGUAUCAUCUGGCGCACUGUGCGUGCGAAAAACUGGAGAGGAGCUGGAGGAGGAGGCACUAUGUUUUCUUUUCCGUGGGUCGCGCGCGCUUCACCGCCAAGCUGGCCGCGGUCACUCCCGGACUUACCCAAUCGCCAAUUCCGAGCUGCCCUGCCGUGCCUGCCACUGGGAGCGUGGUAUGGAUUGCGGGCACUCUGGGCUGCCUAUUAUCUCCAGCGCCUGCCUGCCGGUAUCCGCCGCGCCUCUGGCUGGUUGCCCUGUCAGAUGCGUCGCCUGUCGCAGCGGGUCCCGCGAUGUUGAUGCCGCUCGAGAAGGUGGCCCGUUUCGAGCUCUAGCGCCCUUUGCCGAGCAGCCUCAGGAGUGGAGACAAGGCCGCCAUGGUUCGAUAAAACAAAUGCCGCUCUGCGCGCUGCAUGGACUCAGCACGAGGUCGGUCCAUCUGGCAUGCCGGACCUUGCACACCGAGUGGAGUUGGACAAGCCACGGCGAGUAUAUGCGUGUAUUCAA